AUGGCGUCUCCUCCUGAACUCGAAGUCAUAUAUUUUGAUGCCCCCGGCCGUGCCGAGCCAAUUCGCAUCAUGCUCCAUGCGGCGGGUCUGUCAUUCACCGACACUCGCUUUCCUGGAAAGGAUUGGCCGACCGUCAAGCCUACAACUCCUCUUGGAUUCGUGCCUGUGUUGAAGGUCAACGGCAACGCCUAUUGCCAAUCCAAGGCAUUGAUGCGUUUUGCCGCCAAAAAGGCAGGCAUGUACCCCACCGAUGACUUGGAAGCCUUGGCGGCCGAUGAGGCUAUGGACGUCCUCGACGAGCUAAUGGCAACUGCACCCAAGAGCAAAGAUCCAGCUGAACUUGAGAAACUACGAAAGGAAUUCGAGGCUGGUGGCUUGACGAACAGUGCCAAGUUCUUGGAAGCACGAAUCCAAGGAAAUGGCGGAUGCUACCUUGGCGGAAAAUCCUGUACCAUGGCCGACCUUGGCUUGCAACUCACAGUCAAGGGAAUUCAGGCAGGAUUUUGGGACCACAUCAGCAAGGACUUUUUUGAAGCCUAUCCUGGAAUCAUUGCCACUGUCAAAGCUGUCGAUGAAGACGAAAAGGUCAAGGCCUACUAUGCAUCCAAGGAGUAA